CUAUCCUAUCCAUAUUCCUCAUCUUGUGUGUUUCGUGCUAAGUGUCCUGAAGGCCCCUAGUAGGCUUAUGUGAGCUUCUCUAGCUUCUCUAAAGCUUUAUACUCUGUGCCUUGCUCGCCACUAUCUAAGCUCGACGACUGGCUGAUGCCUAGCUGUUGACCGAGUGACGCCCAAGUUCUAAUCACUGCCUUACGUUCCAUUACACCCUGCAUCCCCACGAUGACCUGGUGGCGCCGUGACCCGACACUUUCUCCAGUGCAUCGCUACGCGCAGCGCCUCCUCCGCUCCCACGCGCUCCGUACACGAUGCUUCUCCCGUACCCCUCCCAGUUCCGCUAAGCAUGAAGAUGAUGACGGUACCAAGCGCCCAGCAGGCAUGUCGAGUCUCGAGUGGAUGCAGCUGCAGCACUACAAACAAUGGACAAAGAGGCUGAGGGAUGACCCAUAUCAUGCAAUAUUUGGGGCGAGCAACGACAUGCUGAGUGGAAAGGGGCUGAAGGAUUGGGAGUGGAUUAGUAAGCGCUUUCCGAGGUGGAUGGUGAGGGAGAUGGGUUUUGGCGAUGCACUUGACAAGGACAAAGACAUGAGGCACGACAGAUAUACGAGAGAAUAUAGGAAAAGAUCAAUUAGAGACGAGGGCUCACCAGCACCGUCAAAGAAAGCCCAGAGCGCUUCUGCCGACUCAAGCUAUUCAAGACAAGAAUAUCAUUUCCCAGAACCGUCAUUCAGGGCCGCGCGACUAGAACGCGAUGAUUCAACUGGUAUUAUAUCUCCAUCUGAUUCGAGGAGACCGCGAGAGCACUCCCAUGUGAGGGCUGUUGGACACGCUCCAGAACUGGAUGUCACACAGAAAUCCAAAACAGAUAACGCCAGCCCUCUCCCCACCCCGCCUCAGAGCAAAUACACCAGCACUCAAAUCCCCAAAGUACGAUCUACAAUACCGGCUAAAACCGAACCUCCGAGCAACGAAGCAUCUGCUCGGGGGCCCUCUUCCAUCGAGUUCAUGACUAAAAAGGCACAGGACCAGGACCCGUAUCUGGAAGAUAGCUUGAACGAAAGUCGUAUGUGGAGACAGACGGCCCUGCAAAGACGAUCAUCACGUGGACCUAUGGUUAGUCCUAAGAUAAUGACCCCGCCAAUUGCAAAAACAAGUGAUGAGGUGACAAGCAAAGCCACAUUACCUAUCGCAGAAGAUGUUGAAAGGCUUGCUACUCAGGGCACAGAAGAAACUUUAGAAGUCAGACCUGUCGAAACGACGAAUAAAAACACAGACUGGGCCGUUCAGCAAGAACCGUCGACUAGAGUGGUCGAGGUGACGAAAGACAGCGCUGGUAUUCCAAGAUCCACAUCAAAGAUUCUCGACCAGCUACCAAAGGAUGACAUCGACCUCCUGACUGCAGCUGAAAUUCGCUCAUCUAUGGGAGUCAAGAGGAGCAAAAUUCCAAGCGACGAGGUGAGGUGGGCAGAGCGGCAGAAGUUGGAAGAAACAUUCAAAGAUACGCACAAGACAGACCAAGAGAUUGACUCUAUGCUCGAGUCAAAAGUCAUCAACGAUCAACUUGUACGCCGCCUAGAACGCCAAAUGCAACAAGGGCAGAAAUCUUCCGAGCCCAUUCAAACACAAACAGAACAGGAACCUACCAUCCACACUCUAACAGGAGAUGUCCCCAUUGAGUCUAGUAUUGAUCGCAUGAAGAAUUGGCUCGAAAAAGGUGGUGCUAUCUUCUCUAAUCACUUCUGGCAAGAUCCUACAGAGGAGGCCGACGCUAAGAAGACAAAGUUAUUCUUCGACAAAGUAGUAGCCCAUAUCCGCAAAGGUCGCGUCGCAAUGAAACAAGUCGCAGAAGACCUCGAGAAAGAUGUUCCAGCAACGAAGCCUCUGUUGAAGCGCCUAAAAGACGACGAAAACAUGCUUGAUAUGGCCAUCCAUGCACUUCGACUACGUUCAGAGACUAGAAAACCGCAGGCCCUAACGCCAAAGAAGCUCAAAGCUAUUCAAGCAUUACGCUUGAAGUUCCAGGACACGGACCGUGAGCUCGAUGCGGCAUACAUGACUCUUCGCGACCUCGAGAAGAAGGACGCGGCUAAAGGCGCUUCGGUAGUAUUGAAGAGGCGACUCAACAUCGCAUCGAAGACGUGCCAUAAGAGUGCACAGCUGACGCGCUAUCUUAUCUGGAGCAUCCAGGCUCGUCUGGAAGAUCCAGAGGUAGAUCAAAGUAGACUGGUGCACUAUAAGGCCGUUGCAAACAGCCUUUUGACCCUAAGAGACACUCAAAUGGCUCUUGCACGACUAGUAGAUCGCGCUAUACUGAUAUAUGGUCCAGUUCCGGAGGCACAGGGUAUGGGUCAGAAGUAUGGCGUGGAGGCCUCACCAGAGGUUACAAAAGACAGAGAGCAGAAGGAGAGUUCCAUCAUAAGCCAACCCGACAAAGCCACGAUUCGUGCUAAUGUCGCUGCCGACGAGCGUCUUGCGAACGAAGUCGAAGCACAAAAGUUGGCAAUGCGAGGACUUUCAGAUGAUGGUUAUGCCCGAACGCCGAAGCUCGCCCCUAAGAAAGUAUUCGAUGAGCAAAGCCCCCUAGCUCACAGUCUGUUUAGACCUUUCGGACCUGUCUUGGAGAGUCUAGGCAAGGAAACCCCCGAGAGUGUCGAGGCGGCGAAAGGAAACAAAGACGCAAAGAAGGAACUCAACGAUGCAAAACUUGUCGCGGAGAUCAGGCAAGUGUAUGAAGAUACUUACGGCCCGAUCACAGUAGAGCACAUUCAACUCAGCGACGGGGCUGAAGAGGUGAAGAAAGGACAAGAGAAGAACAUGAAGACUUUUGAGAUGUUAAAGGAAGAUCCUGCCUCAAUUCAUCAUCCCAAUGCCAUCAACAGUCUAGAGACACGAGAGAAAUCCACGGAGAUCCCGGAAUCGGCCGCUAUCGCGCCUAAAGGCUCAUUAGAGCACCCCGCUUCAGUCACGCCAGAGAUUCCAGCGGUUGAAUUCGAAACACUUCAAACCAGUGCGACGGACAGUACAUCGCCCCCAACCACAGGCGCUACCACUGCUGAAAUCAACCCCUCAUUUUCUCAGCCAGCCGGUGAUGCACCAGCUGACACCACCUCUUCCUCUCUUUCAUCAUUUCCGUCAACGGAAGACCUCCCAACACACUAUACUAUUCUCAUCCACGACCCACUGUCAGACAAUCUAUCUAUAACAACAUCAACUACUAGCCCACCGCGCGAUACAUCUCGCGCUGUGCCGCUUCACCAAGCAUUCGCCACUUUAGAUGCUCCAACAAAGUUUGUCCCUUUCAUAACAGACGGCCUAGAGGUCGUAAGUGCAAAUAAACACAUGCUAGUCCUCCGAGACGCACUAGAUGACUCUUCAUCAACACGUGCAUUCGAGACGGUCGGAAGUCCAUCCUCAUCUCCCACCGUCUCCGACAGCCUGGAGUUCGGGAAAACACAAGUCAAUCCGAUAGACGGCACCGCUCGUCUUUCGCCGACAGGCUACGUAGGCCCUGAAGAAAGCCAAGAACAACUGGAAAAAGAGUUUGAGGAUAGAAGGGAGGCGGCCAGCAAACUCCGCAGUAGUAAAGAAAACUCGCACCACGGAUUUUCGCAAGAUAACAAGGAGACGAAAGGCAGAAAGAGGGGUGGCGCUGGUGGUGUGGCCAAGACAGCGAUUUGGGCUGCGGCAGUGUGUUAUGUCGUUGGUGUUUUUGGCGAAAUUGCCACGAGUCCUUUCAAGACUUGAGGGCGAUUACUUGUGUCUGUGCAAAGGUACUGUUAAAGACUGAAACAACGGUAUUGUGUUGGGUUUAGGUGUCUGGGACUAGGAGUUUGGAAACGCCACUCGAUUGGAUUUAGCAUUUAUAUUAUAUGAUAUACCCGGCAAUUUUAUCUCUACUGAAUUAUUCUCAUCACCCAUCAUAGUCGUCAC